UAAUUUUUUUAUACGCACAUAAUCGUCCAGUCUGCAAAUCCUAGAGAUCGAAGUUAAUUAAAAGUUACGAUUUUUCUGCGAGCCUUUCCGACAACCCCCUUCGAUAGGACAAUCAAGUCAUGCGCAACGUUACGCGCGUAGCCUCGGGUGAACGCUACGCGCGUAGCCUCGGGUGAACGCUACGCGUAUUUUUCGCGAGAGCCGACCGCAGGACGAGAAUUCCGCGAUGAGUGCCAGCGAGUCCGUAAGCGAGCUCUUUUCAGGGUCCGUUGAUGACGACGAUAUUUUUACGAUCGGAGUCACCGUGGACACAGGUUUCGAGUGGGAAGCGAUCGAUGAAUGCAGGGAGAAAUUCGGGAAAGAUGUACGGGCGGUUAAACAGCGCGGAAGAAUCUACUUUAAUGUCCCGCGCGAGCAGCUGCCGAAAGUUCAACAGAUGAGAUCGAUAGAUCACAUGUUCAUCGUAGCUGCUCACGGCAGCGUGCCGCUUGCCAAUGACAAAGACCUGGACUUGUUGUGUGUAAGGAACUCGGACAUGUUCUCGGAGUCGGACAAGAGAUGGAAGAAGACGCUCGAAGCGUGGAAAUUCAUGACGAGCUUCAAGGGGAAACUUUACCCAACGCUUGACGAGUACAAUGUAGCCAAAGAGAAAGAUCUUGUAGCCAGGGCGGAGUUGUUGAAGAUGCGUAACAAGGAAAAAGAGGAGAAGGAUCCCCUCGAUUGGGACGCGUCGGAGAUGAAGGAAGAGAGAGGGAAAAAACGCGGGCAAGACCCCUCAAAGUCGGAAGAGGGCGAUGUACUUAAGUACAGAGUAACGUGCGAGAGAAGUGGCAAGCAUUCAGUUGAAUCUAAGGACGUCGCUAGGGUCAUCGGAGAAGUAGUGCAGGACAAAUUUCAUUGGAUAGUCGACUUGUCCAUGUAUCAUCUGGAAAUUGUCUGCAAACUGAUAGAUGAUCAACUAACAACGCAUUUGCGCGUAACACACAAAUCCAUGCAUCACAGGAACAUAAUCAAUUUUGGGCCAACCACUCUUAGAUCGACUAUAUGUUACAACUUGCUGAAACUGGCAAAUCCUAAGCUAGGGGAUAUUAUAGUAGACCCUAUGUGUGGGGGAGGUUCCAUUCCUAUAGAGGCAACAUUAGCUUAUCCACACUUGUACGUUUUAUGCGGCGACAAUGAUUCCAGAGCUGUGGAUAGAUCAAAGUCGAACAUGGAUGCUUCGACAGUUGGUUGUAAAAUCGAUCUCGUACAAUGGACCGCUUCCAAAUUGCCAUUUAAAGAUUCCUUCGUCGAUAUCGUUGUUACUGAUAUGCCAUUUGGUAAACGAAGUGGAAACAAGUCCUACAAUAAAAUUUUUUACAAGCAAUUCUUGCUAGAGCUCGGACGUAUGGUAAAAUCAAAUGGAAGAAUUGUUCUACUCACCUACGAUAGAUGUAACUUUAAAGACGCUUUGAUGGCAGCUGGCGAUUUGUUCUGGGUGACGAAAAUAAUUGGUGUAAACGUAGGUGGUCUUCCAGCUGCAGUUUUUGUUCUAACUCGCACUCAAACGUCCCUUAAUAGUUUCAAACCGCGUGUGGCUAAGCAGUACGGUUAUCCGAAAGAUCGAAAAGAUUCACCUGCUCAGCCGACUAAAAAGCCUUUGACCAAUUAGAUAUUCUUCUUGCACAAGUAUAUAGCGAUGCAAAUUUAUAUUUUUCUACAACAAAACUAAUACAGUUCCACUUGUAUGUUUGACGUGUUUAAUUUCUUUUUCAACAAAGUUCUUUCAAUAAAUUCCAAUAUAUAAGAUUUACAAAAAGAA